AUGAAGGUUCCAAGUUUCUUCACGGCCUCUCAGGCUUUCUUCGCGGCAACGAGACAAAAUCAGGGCACUCAGUUCAUUCCCAGUCGAGCUCCUGCAAUUCCUCUUGCUGUGAAGUCUCCUUACAUGAAUACUUGGUUGGAGGUAGGUAGCAAUGGCAACGGAAAUCUCGCAGGGAAUUGGCCAAAAUUUUGGGCCGGCGCGCAACCAGGCGACGUAAUAGGAGACUCCGGCGCAACAACAGCAUUAGCAGGUCUAAUCAAAGUCGACGACCUACACUACACCUGGAUGGGGGACCCCGUCAUAAACGGCAUCCGACCUACCCAUGUGAGCCAAGAAAGCGUUGAGUUCACUUCCCAGCGCACAACGUUUAUCAUGAAUGUUGCUGGGAAGGUGAGUAUGAAUGUUACAUUCAUCAGUCCGGUCCAGCCGAAUGAUCUCAAGAGACAGAGUAUUGUUGGGACGUAUCUGGAGGUUGGUGUGAAGAGUCUCGAUGCGGCGGGGCAUAAGGUUCAGCUUUAUGUUGAUACUUCUGCUGAAUGGGUGAACCCAACACAUAACUCUGAUGUAGUUGAGUGGAGUUUCUCCGAUCAAAAUGGCAUCGCAAGUCACAAAUCAUGGCUUAAAACCCAGAGCGAGUUUAACGCCGAUUAUCCAGAUGAUGCUGCGCAUUGGGGUAAUUGGUAUUUGUCGACUGCUGCUAUUUCUGGGAUGACUUAUCAAACUGGAAGUGAUAACAAUGUUAGACAAAGAUUUUUGAGCAGUGCUACGCUUGAUAAUAGUCUUGAUACUAAUUUCAGAGCUAUCAGACAAGACUGGCCUGUUUUUGCGUUUUCGAAUAAUCUCGGACAUGUAGGAGGGUCUCCAAAAAAGACUCUGUAUACAAUCGUUCAUGCUCAAAAGAAUGCUGUCUUAUUCAACGGUGCCAAUGGAAUCGCUCCAGUGCCAUCACUCUGGACAAGCUACUUUGACUCUGAUGCUGCUCUGGUCGAAUUCUUCUACAAAGACCACCCCACCAUCACCGGCGCAAUCGACACCCAAAUCGCCCUCCAUUCCCACGCAGCCGGCGGUCCAGACUACACCCUCCUAACCACCCUCUCCGUCCGGCAAUCCCUCGCCGCCACCGUCCUAACCAACACGCCCACCUCCCCGCUCCUCUUCCUCAAAGAAAUCUCCUCAAACGGCAACACCCAAACCGUCGACGUGAUCUUCCCCUCCCUCCCCCUCUUCCUCUACCUCAACCCGUCCUUCGUAAAAUACCUCCUCGAGCCGCUCUACAUCAACCAGGAGUCCGGGCGUUGGCCACAUACCUACGCGAUCCACGAUAUCGGGGCGAACUUUCCUAGGGCGAUCGGUCAUGAGGAUGGGAAUGCGGAGGAGAUGCCCGUUGAGGAGUGCGGGAAUAUGAUUAUUGCUAGCUUGGCGUAUGCGCAGAGGGCGGGUGAUAAGGAGUAUUUGAAGGGGCAUUAUAAGAUUAUGAGGCAGUGGGUUGAGUAUUUGGUGGAGGAUAGUUUGAUUCCGGGUCAUCAGUUGAGUACGGAUGAUUUCCAGGGUCCCCUCCAAAACCAAACCAACCUCGCUUUAAAAGGUAUCCUAGCCAUCUCGGCAAUGAGCGAGAUCGCCCGCCUCACAGACCACCCCGACGACGCCAAACUCUACAACGACAUCGCAAAGGACUACAUCGCCAAAUGGGAAGGCUUUGCAGUUGUAGACGGGAAACACACAAGUCUCGCAUACCAAGAUAAGGCAUCUCACGGCCUCCUAUACAACCUCUACGCCGACGCGCUCCUCUCCCUAAACCUCGUCCCGCAGCGCAUCUACGAUAUGCAAACGGACUGGGAAAUCUGGACCGCCUCCAUAACCAGCUCUAGCACCCGCACGAUGUUCAUCUCGAAAAUGGCUAAUUUUGUCCGUGAAACAAGCACAAACAGGGGGUUUACGGAUUUGUAUGAUACGACUAAUGCGAAGUGA